UUUUCCUUUUUUCUAUUUAGUUUCAAAAUGCUUUUCUCCAAGUUUUCAUUACUUGGCGUAUUUGGCUUAUUUGCCAGUACUCAUGCUUUUGACCUUCAACAAGUACUUCAAAAUGGACAACAACAACAAGAACAAUGGGUGACCACUGACGAUUUCCGUAUUUUAACUAGUGAUAACGCGAAAGGAUAUCAAGUUCGUAUUAAAGUACCUCAAACUUGUGAACAAGGUGUACAGUAUUCUGGCUACAUUGAUAACCUGGAUCAUGACGACCACUAUUUCUUCAUGUUUUUUGAAUCUCGUUCUUCUCCAAAAGAAGAUCCUACUGUUCUCUGGUUGAAUGGAGGUCCUGGUUGCAGUAGUUUUAUGGGGAAUGUCAUGGAACUUGGACCUUGCUUAGUGACAAAGGAUGGCAAUGAUACUGUAUCAAAUCCUUAUAGUUGGAAUUCGGUAUCUAAUAUUAUCUUUUUGGAUCAGCCAGUACGUGUUGGUUAUUCUUAUGGAAAAUCAACAGUCAAGACAACUGCUGAAUCUGCUCGUGAUGUUUAUGCCUUUUUACAAAUCUUCUUUACUGAAUUCAAACAAUAUGCACAAAACUCAUUCCAUAUUACUGGUGAAUCCUAUGCAGGCCAUUAUCUUCCUGCUUUGGCAGUGGAAAUCAUUAACAAGAACAAGUUUGCUGAACAACAAGGACGAUUCCGCAUUCCAUUUGAAUCUAUGGCUAUUGGAAAUGGAUUUACUGAUCCUCGAAUUCAAUUCAAACAUUAUCAAACCUUUGGUUGUGCCAAAAACGAAAGUAAAUAUCAACCUAUCUUUGAUGAUAAAACGUGUGCUGAAUUGGAAAAUGCUUAUCCCAAAUGUUAUGGUUUGAUGACAGCUUGCUAUCGUUACCCUAGCUCCUUGACUUGUGUGCCUGCGUCUUUAUACUGUGAAAAGAGUACAGGAAUGGGACAAUAUACGAAGACUGGUUUAAAUCCUUAUGAUAUCCGAAUGAAAUGUGAAGGCAAUACUGGACUUUGUUACGAAUUGAUGGAAGCCAUUGACAAUUAUGCCAAUUUGGAAAAGGUCCGAACGAAUCUGGGUGUAGAUCCUGCUGCUGGCAAGUAUUCAGGUUGUACUGAUUCUGUUGGUUUCAUGUUUGGAUUAACUGGAGAUGGUGCCAAGAAUUUUGAACCUCAUGUUUCCAAGACUUUAAGUGAAGGUAUACGUGUAUUACUCUAUGCUGGUGACAAGGAUUUCAUUUGUAAUUGGAUGGGAAACAAGGCAUGGUCUUUAUCUAUGGAUUGGCCUGGUCAAGAAGGUUACAAUAAUGCUGAUGACGAAGAAUGGAUCAAUGCUGCUACCGGUGAAUCCGCUGGUCAAGUACGUACUUACAAAAACCUUUCUUUCUUACGUGUUUAUGAUGCUGGACAUAUGGUACCUUACGAUCAACCUGCCAACGCAUUAGACUUCAUUAGCCGCUGGUUGAGUAAUCAGUCCUUGAAUCAAUAAUUUAGCUUGAUAGUUUGAUUAGUAUAUAGUGGUUCUUGUAAUAAAAUUGAUUACAUUUUUGAAUCCU